UAUUCCUUACUUUAUGGAGCUCUUCAACUUGAGACCUGUUCAAGAUCAAGGCCUAUCAGAUUGAAACUGAGACCAAGACUUUAGAGAUCACCCGACCUUCUGAUUCAACAAGAAAAAGGUUUAUUUGUCAACUUGAUGCUCCAUAUUAAGAAGGUCAGAGGUUUGUGAUAAGCAGUGUGAACAGCAUUGAUGUGUUCAUGAAUCUUGUUCUAAGCACAAAAGGAAUUGAGAUCAAUAUAGGCCUACUAGACGAUUUUAUGGUGUGAAAGUCCAUGCCUCCAAUUCAUUUGAUCCUGCUGUAUUCAAAACAAGUACAGAGGACAUUCCAAGGGGCACCCUGUUUUCUUAAACCGAUGAGAGUAAGCACUCGACAUAGAUUAUAACAACCUACGGUGUGAGAGAUAAAGAGGAGGCUGCUGAUUUAGAGCUGAAUUUUUCCCCAGUACCAUCGCUGUCACAACAACCACUUCACCCUCCCUCCAACACACCCCAGAGGACGGAGGCCCCCCUCUCCCUCCUUUGCACUCCAUUCCUCCGAAACGGACCCUUUGAGCAGGUAAACUGGCCCUGCCAUUAGGCCUCGUUUACAGCCCCUUCCCCAGUCCACAGCAGUGGAUACCCUACCAGACACCGCCACCACCACAACCACCACCACCACUUCCCCCGAUACAUUGUAAUCUUGCCGAGAUGACGACCAAUGAGAAGCAGCAGCAGCAACAGCAGGGAGGUGUUUCUCCUAAUGUCACCCUCACCAUCAGACUUGUCAUGCAGGGAAAGGAAGUAGGCAGCAUAAUUGGCAAGAAAGGAGAUACAGUCAAGGGCUUUCGAGAAAAGAGUGGAGCAAGGAUAAACAUUUCUGAUGGAUCAUGUCCUGAGAGAAUAGUCACAAUAACAGGAUCUACGGUAGCAAUAAACUCAGCAUUUGAGCUUAUCACUAAAAAGUUUGAUGAGGACCUUUCAAAUUCAGUGUUAACAUCCGGUACCCCCAAGCCCCCUGUUUCAUUACGUCUUAUUGUACCUACAAGUCAGUGUGGUUCCCUCAUAGGAAAGGGUGGCGCAAAAAUCAAAGAUAUCAGAGAGACGACUAGUGCAUCAAUCACAGUGGCUAGUGAGAUGCUACCCAGCUCAACAGAAAGAGCAGUCACAAUCUCAGGAACUCCAGAAGCAAUAACCAAAGCCAUAGACCAAGUCUGCUGUGUCAUGCUUGAGUCACCUCCUAAAGGAGCUACCAUUCCAUACCGUCCAAAGGCUGCUACAGCACCCAUCAUAUUUGCUGGAGGCUCAGUAAGUAUGCCUGAACAACAACUACACCAACAACAGGCAUAUGCUGUCCAUGGAAACUACGCUCUUGCCCAACCAGAUUUAACCAAGCUCCACCACCAACUUGCCCUGCACCACCAGCAAACCCCCUACGCAAUCCCUGGACAGACCCCAUUUUCUCCUGCAGCAUUGACACAGUUUGCAGCCCAAACAGCUGCCCCACCUCCACAGGUACAAGGACAAGCCACAACACAAGAAAUUACCAUUCCAAACCAUCUGAUUGGAUGUGUCAUUGGAAGAGGAGGAACAAAGAUUCAAGAAAUCAGGCAAAUGUCGGGAGCUAACAUCAAGAUUGCAAACUCACAAGAAGGGAGUACAGACAGAUCAGUUACCAUCACAGGGUCACCGGAAUCCGUUGCUGUAGCACAAUGUCUCAUUAAUACAAGGUUGUCACUAGAAGUGAAUGGUUUUACAGGUCUUGGUAUGCCAGGUGUAGGGGUCUUUUAAACAUCUCAACCCUCCUACCUCUAUCACCUCCCUUCUUCACAUCCUACAGUGGGUUGUUCAAUCCGGACCAAUCAACAUUCUUCUCAUAGCUCCUGUGCAAUGUCAUGCACAGAAGCUCCUGGCCUACUGUACUUCAUAGGUAGUCAACUUAUUUUUAGUUAGGCCACGAUUAUGCACUUGAGUUGUGGUUUGUAAAACAGAACUAUGCAUCAUAUAAAUAUCAUGCUACAUAGUUUUUUUUUGGUUUGUUUUGUCUGAAUAUGUGACUAAAUAUCAGAACUCCUAUUUGUAUGCAUUAUGUCACAAUUGAAUUAAGCUUAUUUUGUAUUACAAAUGUAUUGACAGGUCAGUAAAGAACUGUAAUCAGCUAGAUACAAUAACAGGGUGGCUAAUGCUUUAUCAUAGAGAUAUAUAUAUUGAUAUACAUCUCUAUGUGCUUUAUCUAUAUCCAUCAGCUUAAGAUAUAAGAUAUACAGUAUUUCUAAAUUCAGUCAAUGUAUCCUUGUGACUUUUCUUCUUUCCAUUCGUACAAGGAAUGGUUUAUGAGAAAGAAAGGGCCUAUAUGUUCAUGAAACUAAUAGUCACAGUUAGAUGAGAUUUUCAACAUGUUUAUACAUGGAUUUAUUGGUUAUGUAUUUUAUGAAACAGAUAUUAUUUGAUCUUGUAUAAUCGGAUAUUGAUGUUGAUAUCAGAUGAUUAUCAAAUGUUCUAAUUAACCAAAAAGAUGCUUCCAAUGAAUAAAGUCAAGAACUAAUAAUGACAUUGAAAUAUUUUACUGGAAGAGUAUGUAUGGAACAUUUUGUUAUGUUUCUAAGCGGAAUAAGAGUGCAACCGUCCAAGAUGGUAACUUGGUGAAUCCAAACGUGUAAUCAAGCAAUCAUUGUAAAACUUCAUGUAAAGUGUUUUUUUUUCAACUUGUACAGAUAUGAAAAGAAAGUAGAGCAUAUAAAACAUUAUCAAGUGAUGAGUGAUGAAAGUAAUAUUAUAUGUUACAUGUACUUAAAUAUAUUUCAGUUUAUGAGGAAGUGUUUCUAAAAAACUAGCAUUAUAACUUUUCUUAAUCUAGAUGAGUAUUCUAAACAAGGUGACCGAUAUGUGAGUAAAAUGUAUACUAGACUAGAACGAUCUGGAAGUAACUUGGUAAAAUAAAAUACAUGUUUUUUCCAAUUUUGUAUAUCUUUCUCCCUCUCUUCCUUCAUCAUUCUUCUCCUUCAUCUUCUUUGUUUCUUCAUUUAUUGUCAUGAAGAAGUAUAUUAGUAUUAGAAGUAUUUGUAGGAUUAUAUCAUAAUAGGAUAGGUAAAAGAUAAAUGUAUCAGAGAUUUUCUGAAGUUUCAAAAGAAAAUGCUGAAAUAUGCUGACAGCAUUGUACAAAGAAAUAGUAAAUAUUUGUAUUCAUAUAUCAUUAUUAAUAUUAUGCAACUAUGUGGAGUUGUGUAAAUUUUAGCCAACACAAAAAUCCAAUACUUCAUGAAGCGCAAUAAUCUGGUACGUCUUUUUGUCAAUUUGAAACAGAAACUUGUACCAGGCAUGUUUGAAUUGAAAUAAUUAUAUGUAAAAGUAUCUUUAUCAUUAAUAAAAAUCGCUGUUUAAGAUGUUAAGUACUAAGAUAGUUUUAGAAUUAUACUUCACUAGGAUAAUUUGAUUAACUACAAUUUAAUGACAAAAAAAGACUUGUAUAAUGAUCUAAUUAAUAGCUUGCCAUCCAAUAUAAACUUUCAAACAUGUUAAAAUCACAGUACACUCUAUGAAGACAUACCUGAAUGUAUUAAAGAAACUGCCUCAUCACCCUUCCCCCCCCAAAAAAAAAAAGAAGAAGAAGAAGAAAAAUAAUUAAACACAGAGGUACAUACAGGAGCAGUGAUUUUGGUGAGAUGGAACACAAAAAUUCACUACCCAAAAAUGUUUUGAGAGGCCAAAGCAGGAUAAUUUAUGGUGAAUACCAGAAUAGCAAGAUUAUAAUGUAGAAAUAUUAUUCCAAAAAUUCAGAUGAGAUGCAAAGUUCUGAAGAUUCUUCCAUUUGUUAUGGCUCCACAAUAAUUGCAAAAUUAUAUAUUUUUCUGUAUAUAUAGUGAACCUCAGGAUAUUUUAUUUUACAGCAGAUUAAAAUCAAAUUGCACAAUAUACCAUAUAAGUCACCCAGUUUCAGAAUUUGAUAAUGUUAUAGUUCACAUAAUGUGUUCAACUAUUUCAGUUCUUAUACAUUUUUAAUUGAAAAAUAUUAGCUUAACGGAUUUAAUGGGAAGUAUGAGAUUUUCCCACAUACAAUAUUUUCCCUCAGUACGUUCUCCUUUAAUUGCAUGUUAUUGUAUAAAAAAAUAAUUGGCAUGACAAUAAAGUAUUAUUGCUCCACAAACAGAGCAUAAAUUUAAGGUUUUUUCCCUCAAUUGAACCAACCCCUCCCCAAUGUUCUUAGUGCCAGCAGAAUCACCUCUACCCCCCCCCCCCCCCCCGCUCUCUCUCCCAUCCUCUUUGUUUAGGGUGUUAUAUUGAAGCUUCUAGAUACUAGAAAAUAUGAAAUAUAUUAGUUUUACUUUUCUCUUUUCUUUCUGGAUUUUCAAAAGCAGCAAUAACUACAUUUUGAGAAAAAGAAACACAUUAGUAAGUCACCUUAUCAAUAAUACCCCCCCCCCCUACUCAAAGGUCAUCUUUAGAUGCAUAAUAAGGCCUGUAUUUCUUUUCAGAAUGAUAAGAAGUAAGAUUUUUUAACAAGUUGCUGCUAUAAAUACAGCUUAUAAAGUUGAUUGAAUGUAUAUCAUUUGUUGUAUUUUUCAUGUUUCAUAGUUUUCUAUGCAAAGUAAAGAUUGUUAUUUAUGAGUAAUAUGAAGUCCUUAUAAAAGAGAGAUAAGAUUCAAUCAUAUUUUCAUUAUCUGAAAUUUAUUUAAUAAGUCUGUUCUAUGAUAAAUCUAAAUUUUCAAAGUACUGAAUGUUGUCAUCUUGGAAAUAGACAAGCAGCUAUAUACUGUAUAUAUAUAUAUUUCACUGGUAAUUCAUUAUACAUGUAUGCUGUAUUUUGGACAAAGGCUUAAACAUCAAUCACCCGUUGCAGUGGAUGAUUUCAUGUUUGGUGUUUUGCUAGUAUUGAGGUUGGUGUUCAAACUUCUAAUGUGAAUUUACAAAAAUGAUCCAAAUCACAUUGAUACACAUAAUAUAGACACCUAGUCGGAGUAUUAGCUUUAUUUUAAAAUUUGGUGCUGAGUUGAAAUGAAAAUUGGUCCAUGACCAUAAUAAAAGAUUAACACCAAACUUGAAAACACCCAUUGUGGCUAGCCCUAGUAACACAUGAUAGUGAGACUUUGAUUAUUUGUGUGUGUAUUUUGUCUCGUAUUCACCCAUUCAAUUUUGACAUGUAAGUACUGAAACUUCCAAAAAUAUCACAAGAUUAUUUAUAUUUAUAUAUUCAGUGGAACUGACUGAAAAUUGUUCUGCUGGUUAUUCCCUCAAAAAAAGUUUUUUUUAACUCUUUUUAAUAAAAAUCAAAAUAAUCGUGUUCCACUUCAAAUAAAACUUAUUAUCCCAUUCCUUACAGUAUAUCUUUAAAUGACAAAUGUUAUGUUUGUUUCAUGUGUUGAUAGAGUUGUAAAGAAAUUGAAAACAAGAUAUGUGAUUGUAGAAGAGAUAGAAAGGACUUUCUUUUUAUUGUAUAGGCUGAUAACAGACAUCAUAGAACUCUGUUCGCCAACUCAGAUAUUUAUUUGCUGUAUUUUGUGCCAAGGUUUUAUGGAAGAUGAAAAUAGGGAAAACAUUUAUUCCAGGAGUGUGUGUUUAUCAUUUGAUAUGCUGAAUAAAAUUAGAUAUUCAAAUAA